UCUGUCACUGUCUGAAGUUAGCCUACUUUGUGGCUCCGCCUCGACCUAUGCGUAAGCUAACAUCCUACAGCUUGUUGGAGAUCAGUCAACGACGCGAAUAACUGUUAAUUGCUGGCGGCGAAGGGUAGACGACGUGAGGCUGUAAUGGGUUUAUGAAUGAACUGUCAACUUUAGUAUGAUCGCAGACCGGAAUCUGGAGAGUGUCCGCUGGUAUUAAAUCCUUCGCUCUUGCCCGAGAGAAGUUUCUACCGAAGCCAAGUAGCCUAAUGCCAGAGUGGACACCUAGAAACUGACUGACAGAGAUUGUGACUGUGCCGGAGGAGAAUGAUUCCAAUUACGGUCUGCUUGUACCUCGCGACCCUGGUGUCGUCCAAUAACUGUCUGGAGUUUCGUUAUCACAACACGGUUGAAGUGGAACGAUAUCUCAAAGAUGUCAAUCUGACCUACGCCAACAUCACACACCUACACAGCAUCGGAAAAUCAGUGGAAGGAAGAGAUCUGUGGGUUCUCAUCCUAGGCAGACAACCAACAGAACACACGAUCGGAACCCCUGACUUUAAAUAUGUGGGGAACAUGCACGGGAAUGAGGUAGUGGGCCGAGUCCUGCUCCUCCAGCUGAUUGACUACCUGCUCCGUGGUUACGGUAGCGACCCGCUGGUGACCCGACUCCUCACCACCACGCGCGUCCACAUCCUGCCUUCCAUGAACCCUGACGGCUUCGAGUCCUCCGGGCGGGACUGCAUGUACUCUCCAGGGAGGUUCAAUAAGAACGGUGUGGACCUGAACCGGAACUUUCCAGACGCGUUCUCUCGCCCGGAGGGGGAGGGGGGCGAGCGGGAGGCCGAGGUGCGGGCCGUAAUGGACUGGCUCGCCAGCGAGAGCUUCGUCCUCUCAGCCAACCUGCACGGGGGCGCCGUGGUGGCCAGCUACCCCUACGACAACAGCAAUGGAGGAAGUGAGCUGCAGAAAGGAAACAGCGUGUCUCCAGACGACGAUGUGUUCCUCCACCUAGCGAGAACCUACUCCUUCACCCACGGCAGCAUGAGGAAAGGAGACAGCUGCUUCGACUCCCAGGACUUCCCAGAUGGCAUCACCAAUGGGUACAAGUGGUACCAGCUACCUGGUGGCAUGCAGGACUAUAACUAUGUGUGGUCCCAGUGUUUGGAGAUCACCCUGGAGCUGUCCUGCUGUAAGUUCCCUCCAGAGAAGGACCUCCUAGGCCUGUGGAACCUGAACCGGCCCGCUCUCUUAGCCUACAUGCAGCAGGUGCAUCUGGGUGUGAAGGGCCAGGUUCUGGACUGGGAUGGUCAGCCGGUCCAGAAUGCCGUAGUGGAGGUGGAAGGCAGGCGGAACCUUUGUCCCUUCAGAACCGACCGCCAUGGAGAAUACUACCGGCUCCUUCUGCCCGGCAACUACACCUUCAAGGUGACGUUCCCUGGCCACCAUCAGCUGACUGAGACCCUGAGUGUUCCAUACGGUCCUGACUACUCCUCCGCCCUCACGCACAACUUCCUGUUACAGAGAAGCACUUCCUCCAUCCCCUCGCUGCCCCCCACCACCCCCUGCAACACAUCCCAGCUGUGGGGGCCCCUGGAGGGGCACGCCAGAGCCCCACGGCCCCUCUGGACCUCCCUGCUCCUGGCUCUUACACCCCUCUACCUCCUACCAGGACUGUAGCCUAGUGUGCUACUGCUGUGUACUCGCAUAUUGUCUAGUGGACACCUGCUACGUACCAGCACACCAUAGAGUGCACUACUGCUGUGUACCAGAACACUAUCGAGUGGACACCUGCUAUGUACAAGCAUACUAUCUAGUUAGCACACUCUCUACUGCACUACCACUGUGUACUGGCACGCUAUCUACACUUGGUGUAGCCUUGUAGUACUUUCAUGUGGACAACUCCAUUAUGCUACGCUCCCCAUCUCGUGCACUACUCCUGUGUACUAGCACACUUUUUAGUGGACACUUGCUGUGGCCUUGGUGUACUUUCUGGUGCACUUGAGCCCUGGCAGUUGGAUCUGGACCCUGGCGAAGAUGAGUGGAUUCUUUUCUUAGUAUUGUAUAUUUUUCUAUCUAUUCAAACACUUGUAUUGCUCUCCUUGCACAUACACAUGAACCAUACUCGUGUAUCAAUGACGUUUGUCUGUGUUGCCCUGCAGUGUUGAUCAGCUGGGCUUAGGAAAGGGGGUUAAGAAAGAGAUGUGUGGGGCUAGGGCAGAAGGGAGGAGGUCUAGGGGGCUAGGGAAGGAGGAAGAGGAGUUUCAAAGUUAUUGUUGUCUGUCAUGUACAGUCACUAUCAGUAUUGUUCCCCUGACCCUGUACACCCCUGACUUUUCAACCCAGAUCCUCACUUCUGUACCUCCUUUGCUAAUUCCAUACACAGGUUUCCCCAGUCACUGCCAAACCCUCUUAAUCUCCACUGUGCUCAUUCAAAGAUACAAUUCACACUUGUGAAACUGUCUAUAUACCGGUCACCUGUAAUACUGUCUAUAUAGAUUACUGGUCACACCCGUAAUAGUGUCUACAUAGAAUAACACUGAGCACACCUUAAAGAUGUUGGUGACCCUCCUCUGAUCUGUCCUUGACAGAGGGGAGGUCAGGUGUGUUCUGUUCACCCUUACAGGGGUGUUCCUAUAGACGACUAUGGACAUGGGCUGCCUAGGAGUACAGGGUGGAUAGAGACAGUGAUAUCAGUUACUGUAAUAUUAUAUGGCUCUAAUAACAUGAUCAAUAUAUGCAUCGAGAUGUGAAGAAAUGGAAGUGGUCACACUUAAAAAAAAUACUAUUAUCCAAGUCUAAGACUGGAUUCACUAUUCAGUUAUGUUGCUGGGGUAGGAAGAUUUCAUGGAGGUCUUGUUGAGAUCGAAGGUUCAUUGCGUGUGUAGACUGCAUGCCAUGCACACUGUAGGUAUGCAUUAUGUGCUCACAUGACCCCAAACCCGACGCCUUGUCUGUUCUACCUCAGAGCCCCGCCCACCUCAGUCAGCAGCCAAUAGAAAUGUGUGGUGCCUUCACCAAUAAACCUACCCCACCAAUCA